UUUAGUGUCAUAUUGCCAGGGAUACGUCUUCACAACUAAAGAUUUGGUGGUUGAAUGGCUUAUUUUCCAGCAGUGGAACACCACUCCGAGUGCCAGUUCACUGACGGAUGUGGGUGCAUCUGAGAAGACUGAGAUAUUGGGGGACACUUACAGUUUCAUGGUCUCCAUCGUUCAUGAGCUACUUUGUGAUGAGGAGGGAACAGUGGAAUGGCUUGAAAAAUCUAAUACAGAUUUGAAGGACUAUCCAGUGCUGGUGUUAAGACUAGUUGUGAUAAUGUGUUUAAUUUGUGUGAACUCGGGAAAGCAUUUUGAUUUACUGUUUGAUUUGCUCGGUAGGAACUGCAUUAUUUCACAUCUACCAAAGCAGUUCUAUGAUGCCUUUCUUGGUAGACAGAAACGCAGUUUUGUUGAAGUACUUGCAGAAGCUCUAAAGCAGAUCGAGAGUGUGCUUGUGAUAGUGAGUUGGGGAAAUAAUCAUUUUCACUUCUCUCCUGAUGCAAUUCUUUUGGAUGAUGUGGUUAACCAAAACAAAGAGGGCAUACUGCGUGUAUUGUUUCCGAAAAAUGUUUCAAGCCGUGGACAGCAAUCAUUGGUCUAUAGUGAUUGUGGGAAAGCGUCUGAGCCUGAUUCUUCAAACUCAUCCACUGCAGACCAGAACAUGAAGGCGAGGAAUGAAGCUGAAGGAAAGGAUCUGCAAGAGAAUUAUGAACGCUUCUGUGAAAUAUUUAAUGCUCUGAAGCCAUUAGAGAAUGCAAAGGAUGCGGGCAUGGAAAAAUGCAAUUUAAAUAACCCAAGGGUGCAGGUCUUGGUGGAGAAAAGUAUCAACCUCAUAGUUGCUGUCAUGACCCAAUACUUUCAGAUGAUCCCUUGUGACAGUGAAGAUGAAAAGAUGGCUGGGGAACCAAACAGGGUCCACUGCGAAGAUGGGAAUCUUCUUUGGCAUGCAAACAGAAUGGUUGAUGGCUUUAAGCAGCUUUCUUAUCUGCUGAAUCGGAGUCCAGUUUUCAGUGGGGAGAAUCUUGAGAAAAACAUGUCAAAUUUUGAACUACUUUUGAAGCAGUUGCAGCCAGGAAAGGCGAGGGUAGAGCCUUUCAUGAGACAGAUAUGCUUGAAGAAUGCUGCAGCUGCUGGGUCCAGGACUACUGAAGAUAAAAACGGAUGAUGCUAUGCUGAAGAAAUCACAGCUAUGAAUAAUGGCCCAACAAGAGAAGUGAAAAAAAAUCUGGGAAAAAUGUAGUCGAAAAUUUUAUGUCUUCUUCAAUCUGCAUUUUCUAUUUAGUGUUGAAGAAAUAGCUUAUGACUCUUCAA